AAUGAGUUUUGAAAUGCCGUUUGCAAUCAAUUUGCACUGAAUUUGGUGUACAAACACUCUGUGACCACAGUAUCCGACACUUACUGUAUUGAGUGACCCAUCACUUCAAUAACCGUUGAAUCCAUUAUUGUCUCCAAAUGUCAACCAAUACUGUCAUUGAGAUCAAAGACAUCCAACAGUUUAAUAAACUGUUACUCAGAGACACUCUGAUUGUGACCCACUUUAUGGCCGAAUGGGCGCAACAGUGUCUUCAGAUCAAUGAUGUCUUCAGCGAAUUGUCGCAAAACAAGGACUACUCGAGCGUUAUAUUCGCCAAAGUGUCGGCCGAAGACAUUCCCGAGUUGUCGCAGCAGAUGAAUGUCACAUCAGUUCCCACGUGUAUAUUGUUUUCAAAGUCCAAACAAUUGUCUCGAAUAGAAGGCGCAGACGUACCACAACUCACACAACAAGUCAAACAACUGGCCUUCAAGUUGGGAUCAAAUGUCGGCAUCACUUCCAACGCUUCCGACCACAACAUUGACGAACGGCUGAAGACUUUGAUCAAUAGGUCGCCGGUUAUGGUGUUCAUGAAGGGAACGCCUGACGCCCCGCGCUGUGGAUUCAGUCGUACUUUGAUCUCAAUCCUGAACGAAGUGAACGCCAAUUACGACACUUUCGACAUAUUGUCCGACGAAGAGGUGCGCCAAUCGUUGAAAGUGUUGUCCAAUUGGCCCACUUAUCCACAGGUGUACGUCAAGGGACAGCUCAUCGGAGGUCUCGAUAUUAUCAAAGAAUUGAAAGAAUCGGAAGAAUUGGUUUCAGCACUCAAACCAUGAAUUGAGAGAUGAUAUGAGUUUUAUUUCAUUACUAAUAAUAAAUAGAUUUUAAUUCAAUUAUUAUAUCAUUAUUUAUCACAAAUUCAAUGUAAAAACAUUUCAAAUAUGUCUCAUUUGAAAGGAUAGGGCUUUUGGGUGUGAAAUAUAAAACAAAAGUUGAGAGAAAAUUAAUUGUCAUUAAAGUGAUUAUCUUAU